UGUGGCCUGAGUGAUACGUUGUCUGCUGGCCUGGGGAGGAAAAAAGGGACUGUUCGGCGAGAUAGAGUUUCACCUACGGCGAUGAUGUCAUUAUGAACAGUUACAUUGUCGCUUGUGCCGUCUGUGCAGUGGGACGCUUCAUGAGAAACUCCAGUAAGAUUCAAAGGUGUUGUUAUGGAGACAGACAAUGUUGCGUCUCCUCCCAGCCCUCAGCUUCUGUUUCUGGGACAGAAGUCCACCAAACGUCUGCUGGAAGUAUACGUGAAACGCACUCUCAGUCUAAAUGAUAACACUGCCAGGCCUCAACGGGUCAAACCUCGGAAAUGGGUAAUAGUGGACAGCAAAGGCAACCGCAUCAGAAAGGCGUCAAGUGACAGCUCAACAUAUCGUCUGUCACGUGAAAUAUCACAAACUGAGCCAAAGGAACCGAGCACAGACACAACCAACGACUCUCACCAAACAAAAUCAAAGAAAACAGAAAUCAAGCCUCAGACACAGAGAAUUACCAAAAAGGCAUCUAUACUGAGGAGUUUUAUAAGUCUUUUUUCCAGGAAGAACCAUGAAGCCCAAAACAGUGCUUCAGUGCCAGAUACCCCUGUGUUCAGUGGGCCUGCGGAUGGCUGCUUUGCCACAGAUGCAAGCCCCCCUGUCCCUGAGAUGCCCAAGACAGAGGGGGAUGGAAAAACGCUGCGGCAUUCUAAAUCCAUCAAGAAGAGGCUCUCGCUGAAGAAGCUCUCCUUCCGUAGCCACCACGAUGCAGAAAAAUUGGAUUCAGUCCGAAGGCAGAGCAGCCUUGCCCCUGCUGAUGUGGUACGAGUGCCGGAUGCAAUUGUCUGUGUGGAGCCCUCAAGUACAUACUUUGAGAAGGUGUCAGAGGAGUUGGAGCGCAUUGUGAAAGAGGUGAAAGAAAGCCCAACAGAGGAGGAGCAAUUUUGUGCUGCUAUACUAACUGAUCCAAGGCCUGCUGAAGCAGCCUCAGACUCCAUUGAUGACAUUAUUGAGAGAAUGGUCGAUCUACUAAAAGAGCACGGAGAUGAAAUUAAUGAAAAGAUUAGGAGGAACAGUAGUGUGAGCUCCUUCUUCCAGAAGCUCAACUACAAUAAUUUCCAGCAACUAGCCGAUCGCUAUGUGGCUGCCAUCCCUGAUCCACUGCCUCAGUCGACCACAGCUCCCCCACAGUUGGUGAAGCUGGCCUUCACCCUGGAUUUCACAGCCAAGGUGGCUGGACUGUCCAGCCAAGCCAUCGGCCGUGUCAUGGGGUUUGGAAACCAGUACAUACAGAACCGUUUUACCCAGAUGACAAGUGCCAACUGCCUGGGCCAGCAAUCUCAGAACAUGGGAGACCAAAGCCUGAUGGAUCAAGACUAGAGUCUGUGAAUGAUGAUGCCCACUACCAUUCCAGUGCAAUACUUAAGCCUUUGAAUAUUACCUGAUAUUUAGGUAUACAAUAAGUCUGAAGUUGCCAAAUAAUCUUGGUGUGUCCUGAAAUGCUGUCAAACAGCAUUUGGAUAUUGCCUGAUAUUUAGGCAUGCAUUACGAAAGUGAAUUGCAGAAUAGUGCAAUUGGUGUGUCCUCAAAUACUAUCUUUCACAGUUGUGUUGAUGCUGCCAAUAAUUUUAUUACUUGAUGUGUAACUGUAUUUGCACCUGGGGAAAACCAUCCUAAGGAUUGCUUUGAAUAACUGUAUAAUGUGGUUAUCAAAUGAGCUUGAUGAUUUUAUUACUUGAUGUGCAUCUGUAUUUGCACCUUGGGAAAGCCAUCCUAAGGAUUGCUUUGAAUAACGAAUGACCUUAUAAAUGAUUAUCAACUAGACAGCUAGACAGGUUUGGACUAAUUAAGGGAGUAUUCUCUUGCCUUGUGUGCACAUCAAAUUCCAUGGGAUAUUUUCCUGUGUCUAUAUAUUUAAAAACAUUGUUUUAGAAUUGUUUUAACAGUGGGGAUAAUCUGGUCAUCAUGCAGGGUAAUACAACUCGGUUUAACAGUGGGGAUAAUCUGGUCAUCAUGCAGGGUAAUACAACUUGUUUUUUUUAUUAUGUGUAUGUUCUUGAACGCAUUCACACUACUGUUGAGUGUCCUAUCACAGGUCAUACAUGUAAGCAAUACCUCCAUGGUUUGCCUUUUAUCAAAUAUCAUAGAGGCAUGGAAAUAGCUGGAAUAGGCAUUUCCAUGACCUUUCCACAAAAUGUGAACUUUUUCACUUUCGAGAUUUGACUCGUACUUGAAAAGAAUAAUUUAUUUUUAUAAGUUGAACAGAGAUCUGAACCAGCUAAUGUUCUGCAUCUGAUGUGAUCAGAUGUCUGAUCUGAGUAAACUAAAUCUCUCAGCUUUAAGAUCUACAGUAUGUCCUUCUCAGUGGAAAGCCAGAGUCUGUAGCCUGGCAUAAUCAAUCACUAGAAAUCCAAAGUGUGACGUGCCCAACCACAGUCAGAUGAUUUUGACACGAAGUGAUGCAUAAUGUAGCCAUUCUGUGCUCGAGAGACAAUGAGGGGUUUGUUGAAAUGAUGCAAAUCUAGUGUCAUAGGACUUACCACCCUGCCUGUUCUCAAUAUAAUUUCACACAUCGAUUUCACAAAUGGAGUAGGUUAGUGAAACUGUGACAUUGAAAGAUUCAUUUAAGAGCAAAACAUCGUCUGACCUCCAAACAGUGCACAAGAUCACGUUUUGUGAUCAUUUAUGUCUGUCAUCCAGUUCUUUAUAUGUCUGUGUUGUUGUUGGCUGAACUGUGUAGUGUCAAUAUAAUAAACA